UUUAUCCCUCCACCAGCAUUUACGAGGCAGCACGAGUCCCAGCCGAGAAACAGAGAGAUUCCAGCUCCGCUGGCACGUGGAGGAAGACGAGAAACAGAAAAGGACAGCGAAGGAGAGGAAGAUGCAUUCCGGUGAACGAGUACACAGGACAAUGGGACAGAGCCGAGGUCUGGAAAACCCAAAACAAGAGCUGGAUCGUCCCACAGAAGUACAGUAAGUGUGCUGUCCGAAACCCAAAACACCUUGGAGGAAUUGCCCCUUCAUUUCCAGAAGUUCAAAUCUAAGAGAAAAAGUUUACCAGGCUGAUUGGAUGCUGGGGACGCAUGGGUAAUUCACACCCUUUUAGCUUUGCAUAUCUACAACUUUAAAACAAGAAGUUUUUUGGUUUAUUUGUUCUGUUUAUUAUAAGUCAUGAGUUUCGUUUCCGUGUUCUUCUGGUUCAAGCGAUUCACCCACAGCACACUAAUCACGGAUGAUAUUGUGCAGUUGCGUGUGAUGUGAGUGUUUGAGAUGAGGGAGUGAUUUAAAAUCACUGCCAGACACCCUCUCAUGGAGCUCAGCAUCGAUCGGGACGCCCGGCUGUCCGUUCCGGGUCAGACUACAAGCGUCUCCGCCUCGUUGCCUUUGCUUAAACAGACUCACGCGGGCGGCUUUAAGAAAGUGUGUCGGAUUGAAGAGGAAAGCACGUGUCCGUUCCCCGGCCUGCCGGCAGGUGUGCUGGAAAUGAGGGUGAAGGAGGGCAGCAAAAUUCGCAAUCUCAUGGGUUUCGCCAUGGCGCGCAUGCAGGACGAAGCCCGGGACGCCAGUCAAACCGGACUGAGACAAGUAGUGUUCACCGGGUCCGGACGAGCCGUGACCAAAACCAUCACGUGCGCUGAGAUCAUGAAAAGAAAGCUCGGCGGUCUCCAUCAGAUGACCAAGCUGCAGUACAAGGGUCUGCGAGAGGUCUGGGAGAGCCAAGAAGAAGGCGAUUCGGAGGUGACCGUCCACCGGACGCUUCCCUCCAUCAGCAUCCUGCUCUCCAAAGACCCGCUGGACCCGCUGGAACCGGGCUACCAGCCUCCGGAGAACAGCUUGUGGGAGGAGAGGAGCGGAGGAGGCGCUCCGCAGACGGCUGAGACUGAGACUCUGACGGAGCCACAGGCGAAGAGAGUCUGUCUCUGAGGAUUAUGCGUGUGUUAAAGUCGACCGUUUCCACUGAAACCUCUGAAACCCUCUCAGAACCAGCCUUGAAAGCUGAAAUGUGACUAUGCUAGCCCACAAAUGCACAUCACAGUCUUGAUUUUGAGCAUGCAACAUCACUAAUUUAAUUUGUAGAUCUAAUCAGACAUGAGUCUCCUGGAAAUGCAUGAACUGAUGAAAACAACUGGAACGCAGCUGUAUAAAUGCAUAAAUGUAAUUUAAAUAUUACUUAU